AUGUACGCCGCUCAGAAUAUAACGCCAACAGUUUUGGAUGCCAUGAACGGAAAUGUUUCCGAAUGGUAUAACGAAUGCGACAAUGCCAUUAGAAGGUCAGAAAUAGUUCCUGGAACUUACGAAUAUACAACUGCUGUUUCUUAUGGAAACGUAGGUGAGUUUGGAGAAGGUUCUUCAACAACAGUAGAUAUUGCUUGCGACAGGUUUCAUAUUAUUUCUAUUGACAACUCAUUCUUAUACGUGGAACAAGACAUUGAAAUAAAACCUUCUGCCAAGUUGUCUGACAAGAAAGGUUGCAAUGGAAUUUUCUAUGUCGGAUACCAAUAUGCUCCAGAAGUUUUCAUGGGAUAUAAGAUAUAUUCUAACUCUGACUUAGUUCAAACAGUAACAUGGGCAAACUAUGAAUGGUUCGCUUUGAGAAACUCAGUACAACCACAAGCUAGAGAACAAACAGACCAGUAUGCAACUAUUGAGAAAAUAAGAAGACUUGACCCUAA